UUUUUGUUUUGUUUUAGAUAACGUUUUCCCGCUCUAAAUGUUUAUUGGAUUUGCAAAUGCAAAUGAUUUACUUAAUUUAAAAUUGCCAUUAUAAGCCUUAAAAACACAUUACACGUAGACAUGGGUAAAUCAGUUGCCGGCGCUCCACAAGGUGGUACGCCAAAAAGAUCAAAACCGUUAAUUGAAAAGUGUACUACUCCUUGUAGUGUUAAAUUAAAACCGUUAAAGAGUAGUGUUUUUAACAAGAAAUAUUCAGAAAUGAGCCCAAAGAAACAAUCUGCAAAUAAAACGCCGGGGAAGACUUCAAAAAUUUUGGUUGUAUCUACUGAAAACACACCUCAGACUCACAUGGAAUUUAGCCAAGAGCUAAAGAAAGUAUUAAAUGAACGAAAUGUUUUAACGUCUAAAACAAGAAAAACAGUAUUUGAUGCUUUAGAUGAAAUAAAGACAAAAGGUGAAGAAGAGAACCGAUUGUAUAAACGAGAAAAAGCCCUUCUUGAGAUUAUAGAAAGUGAAACAAAAUAUGUUCAUCAGUUGGAGAUGAUUAUAAAUUUCUUUUUAAAUCCUUCAGUAGACAAAAAGUUACUGAAAGGUGAAGACUUUGAAUCUUUGUUUGGUAAUAUUUUACCAAUAUAUAAUGUUAAUAAAGAAUUACUGGAAGAAUUGGAAAAAAGUUCAAGUAAUGUUGCAAAAGCAUUUUACAAGGUUGCGCCAUUUUUUAAGCUAUAUUCUGUGUAUGCCUGUGAGUUUAAAAACAUAUUGAAAAUUCUUCAGAAUGCAAGAUCACUUAACCCCAACUUUGCAAAAUUUGUGCAAAAUCAGGAGACCCGACCAGAAGUCCAGAAUAAACUAUCUGCUCUUCUAAUCACACCUAUCCAAAGGGUUCCGAGGUACAAGUUACUACUCACACAAUUACUAAACCUAACAAAACCGACUGAAGACGAUUAUGUGAGUCUUAAGGAAUGUCUAGAAAAAAUUGAGGAUGCCGCUGAACAUAUCAAUAAAAUAGUCGAAGACCAAGAAAAUAUGCAGAGGCUACUAGAAUUACAGAGGUCAUUGAAAAGUGGAGAACCGAACAUUGUAACACCAGGCAGGACCUUAGUAAAAGAAGGAAUUCUCAUAAAAAUGGGGACAAAAAAUUCCCCAAGUGAAAAACUAUACACUGUUUUAAUGAACGAUAUUAUUUUAUUUGCUAAAACUAAAAAAGAAGAGUUACAGGUUAACUCUCUGAAAUGUAUGAGCAUCUUUCCGUUAGGAAAAUGUAAAGUUCUGGAAAUUCUCGAUAAGGGAUGUAUGAAAAUUUUAUGCCAAAAUGACGAGCUUGUGCUUUAUCAUGACCAAUUUAGUGAGACAAAAAUUUGGAUAGAAACCCUUAAAGAAGCAAUCGAGAGCCAUUUGUCUGGAAAGAGGACCUUGAGGAAAGACAGCUCAUCCCGGAGACCGGUAAAGAGGAAAGAUAUGUUUGAGUAUCAUGAAGUAGGAAUAAGUCCCGGUCGACCAUUGAUUAAAAAAAGAAAAGUGGAACCACAAACAAAGGCUUUGAAGAUAGUGGCUACGGCAAGAAUUUCAGGACGAAAACCGAUCAUAAGAACACCCUUUGUUGAAACCACUACCAUAUCAAGUAAAACGAUUACCAAUAAUCACAUUGUAAAUGAACCUGAUCACAAUAUAGAAAAAGAAGAAGUACAUUCUCAAUUUCCCAAAAAUCAUUUAGAAUCAGAAUCUGAAACUUCCACUGAAGUCAAUCAACAUAUGUCCAAGGAGUUGCUCGUGUAUGGAAAACCACACAGUAACGAUAAUCUAAAGACUGGUUUCUUCGGUGCUGUGACUACUUCGUUAAAAAAGUUGUUUACAUUUAGAAAAUAAGUACUUUUAAGAAUUCUGCUUUAAGGUACGUUUUUACUGGAGCGGCUGUUGCGCUCAGCGCUGAACGAUCAUCGCAGACCGAUGAUCCCUAUGCGACGAUCGCAACCGGAGUGUUUUAUGUAAGCGAUAAUUAUAGUCUUCAUCCUCUUCUUCUCUAGGUGCCGUCUCCGCUUCGAAGGUUGGCAAUCAUCAGAGCGAUUUUUACUUUUUAGACCGUGGCUUCAAAUAAUUCGUUGUUACCAAAUCCAAACCAUUCCCUAAGGUUCUUCAGCCAUGCGUUACGUCCCCUUCCUUGAAGCGAAAAACGCGAUAGACUACCCCCCAGAUAAUCCAAAUAAUCGAAAAUAUUACUCCAAUCAUCCAAUAUAGCUAUCGUUCACCCUAGCGUAGCUCAGUCUCCCAAGGUGUGAGUUGGUCUUGUCCUAAUCUUAAACAUGAACUGUGAAAAUUCAGAAUGGAAGCAAACAAAGCAAUAUUUUCACUAAUCAUGUUUAUUGUUCAUAAAGAUAUAAUAAAAACAGGGACGCGCCGUCCAUAAGGGCGAAGAGGGGCGGCGCCCUGUGAGUGAAUCAAAAAGGCGCCGCGCCGGUAUGUGCCGAAAAAUAAAUUUGACAAUACCGAAAUUACUAGAAAUAUUAGUAAUAUUUUAUUAUCUUGUAAAAUUGAAAACUUAAUCGUAGGUAUCUAAAUAUUAAAAUAGCAGUUAGUAUUACUUUGAUCCCAUAAGUGUAGGAACCCUUAUUUCUAUCAUUAAACUGAAAUGUUAGUCCAUUAACUCACGGUAAAAUAUUGCAAAACCUCCGAAUUUUAGAACAGCUUAGAUUUGACAUAAAAUUUGGCAUACACAUAACUAACAUGCCAAAGAAAAUAAGUGAUAUUGUAUCAGCGUGUGCGUUUGCCCUGGGAGUGAGUACCACAUCGUCUCAGAGGUGAAAAAAUACAAGUUCAAAAUAAGACCGGAGGUGGACAAACUGACGAAUUGUAAGUAGUAUGUAACUUUAAAGAUAAAUUAUAAAGUUUUCGAUAAAGUCGAUCAUCAUCAUCCAGCCUCAAAAGUCCACUGCUGAACAUAGGCCUCCUCCCCUCGUUUCCAACCCCAUCUAUCCUGCGCCGCCCUCAUCCAGUUUUUAUUUACCUUUCUCAAGUCGUCAGUCCAUCUUGUAGGC